GGCUCGCUCGACGCACGCGUUUCCACGUCCCAACGAACUGUCAAUGUCAAACUCGAAAAAUACGUUCCAAUUUAAAAAAAAGUGACAUUAAAAUAGGUGUUUACAAACAAUCACUGCUCUAAGUGUCGUGUUGUUUUUUUUAAUCGGGAUUUGAACAACGGCAAAGAGCGCUUCUUGAAUGUCACCGAUUUUCGCAAAGGAGGCGUAGCGAACGAUGGUCAGCGGGAUAAACGAAAAAUAAUCUUUUCAAACGACAAUAUGAAAUGAAUAAUGGAGUCACCGGUCAGGAUAUGUUUCGGUGCGGCAUUAGUAGUAAAUUUACUACUGAUUAGCAUGACAGUGAGUAGUGCUUUGUCACAAUCGACACAAAGCACGGCCAAUGACGAAAAGCUCUCCAGAUACAACGGAUUAAAUCAAACGUCGUGGAUUCGUAGCUCUGAUGCAUCGAAUGAACUGAACCCUAAGGACAACUCCGAAGAGCAUACAGACAAAAACGCUAAAUACAAAGAUAGGGGAAGGAUCAAAUUUCAUUCUCUUUUCAAAUCCACUACAGCAAGUCCGUUGCGUAAAGCAAGUUCUACAGAGUCAGGCGAUUUUGUAAUAGUGACGCCAGCAACGGAAAUAAAAAAAACAUCACGAUAUACAGAAAUUACCAAAAGUGUUAAAAAAGACAAUUCUCCUGUUAGUAGUACGACACCGGUUGCUGUAAAAAAUGGAGAAGAGAGCAUUGAAGAAUAUGAUGACGAAGACGAGGAAGAAGAAAGGGAAACGCUGCAAAAGUUUUCUUCGAACAAAUUCCAUGAAAGCUUUUUUAAAAUACCGAGUUUCGGCGAUGACAACAACGAGAGUUCCAACAAUAAAGUAAGAGAAGAUUUCAGCAGUCCCUCCUAUGGAUUCUCGAGUUUCUUCCCAAAAGAAACUUCAUUCGGCUAUGGGCACAAUGAUAACAAAAAUAAUUUCAAAUCGGAAAGUUUCUUUGAUUUCGACAGUGAUCUGACUACGCCGAAGAACGACUUCUUUGAUAAAAAAUACCAAGAGAUCUCAGGUAGUAUUAUAAAAAAAUUAGAAACUAUUAAAGCUAAAUCGCCACCGCCUAACAUCACUAAUGUACACAAGAUCGUCAAAGAGAAUGUUGGCCUAGAGAGGUUAGGGAAUAACACACCGACUAACAAAUCUACUGUUUUUAUAAAAAAUACCAAAGAGAUACGUGUUUUAGACAACGAGGGAGCUGGUAGUGCUAACGAACAAUUAUCAGAUGUACACGGCACUAGUAUUUAUUAUGAAAUGUCUGUACUAUCGACAGAAACCUACGCGAUCAAUCAUUCUAAUGAUGACGAUUGUGAUAAUGAUACGUUACCAGCAGAACCCACCAUGAGCACAUCAUCUGAAGAAGAAUUGGCAUCAAUAAAAACAACUACGCCAACACCAAUUCAAGUUUCUACUAGACCACCGUUUCCAGAUCCAACAGUUGAAAACGUCUCAACACUUUCAUCAAAUUACGUGCCGAUUUCGACUGCUUUGCCAAUAUUUAACUCAAUAAUUCCGGUUUCGACGCAAAACUACAUAUCUUCAACAGAGAGAGUAACCAGAGUAUUCUCAAGUAGUUUUAGUAGGAACAGGAAUUAUUCAAAGAGGCUUAAUCUAAGCGGUGUUAAUGAUUCACCUAAUAGUGUGACAUUGAAGACCGGCACACCAACUCAUAAACCUCUAACUAGGAAGUUCCACUACACUACACAAAGAGUCAGGCCAGUUUGGAUGGCACCAAAAAGAAAUGUAACCAAGCCAGCUUAUCAGCGUCUGACGACUCCGACAACGAUUUACUCGGAGCAUUUCAACAUCAAAGACAAAUAUACAACUACACCCAGACCGAGGCCGUCUAAUAAAGUAACACUUACUACAGUAACGUCUGAAAUAGAUCCUGUGCUUCAGAGUGAUGUAGGAGGCUUCAAAAAAGUGGUACACUCUCAUUCAAUAUCCGAUAAUACGAUACCAUCAUUAUGGAAAAGGGGAUCCACAAAGUAUAGAACAUCAACUGCCACUUCAGACGAAGUUUCUAAUGUGAGUGAAAUGGAAAUACCACCUACUUCUAUAGUGUGGGCUCUGGCUAGCUUACGAAGCCCCUCCAGAAACUCAACAGGGUACAAAACUGACGAUGAAAAUGAGUUACAAAAAGUAGGAGAAUUAUUAGAAAAGAAUGAAACAAAAACAUCGACGACCACGAUUGCAACAACCAUGGAAAUAACCGAAGAAAUUACUAACAAAACAAUAACAGAAGUUGAACAAAAUAAACUUCCUUGGCAGUCUGUGCAAGCUUCGACACCACCCAUCAACGACAUGCAAAACGAAACCAUUAUAGAAAAUAAAACAGAAAGGGUCACAGCUGAAAGCAAUAUUUUAGUUCAGAGCAGCCCCGAACCAAGUACCACGGAAACGGACACCACUAAAUCAACCACUAAAGCAUUCAAACCGGCUUGGGUUUCAGCUACAACAGAAACGGAACAAAAUAUGACGGAAAAAGAUAAUCUUGUCAUUAAAAGAGGUUUUGAAUCGAUUACGAAAUUACCUUCAGGGAUAACUACACCACAAGACGAAACGGAAGAUUUAAACCAAAUUACGACAAAAUUGCCUAAAACAAGAGACGAUUUUGAAAUAACAACAAUCAGAUUUUCGUACGUACCGACACAGACGACGGAGACGCCUGACGAUUCAGAGUAUGAGUUAACAACCUUCAAUUGGCGGCCGGUAUUUCCCACUAGAACCCAAGCGACAACUAUAAAAGAUGAGCCAAUAACCACUUAUCGUCCUAAGUUUAUAACAACAACUGAGCUUCUAGAGGAAUCUACUACUAUAGAAGAUACAACGCCUCCCGUAAUAGAAUUAUCUUCGCAAAUUAUUGAAAACGCAACAGAAGAUAUUGUCCAAACUACUGAUAUAAAUGAACCUACUAUUGUAUCAACUAAAGCUAUUGAAAUUAAUGAAGCUACCACUAUACCUAAUAAAAUUACUGAAAAUAUUAAAACUACUACUAUUUCUGCAACCACUGAAAUUAAUGAACUUACUACAAUUAAAACCACAACUACUGAAUUUAAUGAACCUACACAACCUAUAACAACCGAAGCUACUGAAAUUAAUGAACCUUAUACUACACCAACUACUCAAGUUCCUACAACCAAACAAAUCACUACCGAAACCAGUACCACUACUACCACUGAAGCAGCCACUGAAGUUGUAAGUGAAACACUCCCGAUCACAGUUACAAAAACAACCACAACGUCAACAACCACUCCACCUACAACAACUAUGACGACAACACCUCUAGAAGACACCACAACGAUUGUAAUAGAAGUGGUAACCGAAAUAAAUACAGAAAAGGAACGUACCAUAACUGCUGCAAUGCCAACGGAAACACCAAAACCAACUGCCGAAUACACUUCAGAGAAUAUAGAUGAUAAUGAAGUGAUAGAUCAAACUACCACUCCAAGCAUGCCGUCUGUUGCACCGACUAUAGUUGUAUCCACAUCAAAAGUACCAAUUUGGACUACUACAACUGCAGCAGUAGAAUAUACUACUGAAGCCGUGGAGACUUCACAAGAGAACGGUAAAAUAGUAUCCAGCACUGAUAGCGAGAUGGAAACGACAAGGGCCGUGAGCGAUUUGGAGGAUCUGACCAGUUACGCCGGUGAAAUGACCACGGAAGCUUCCUCGAGGGUUCUGAAUUCGGAGGACAGUGGAACAGGAGUAGCUGUCGCUAUAGCCGUCAGCACCAUCGGGGUCAUCGCUUUGGUUCUGCUCAUUGCAUUGUUGCUUGUGGUUCGCCGUCGGGGCAGGAGAGGUAUAUACGCUCAGAGAUGUACUCCUGUCUCGUUGGACGCAUACAGUUUGGACAGUGUCAGUGUCGGGCACAGGAAGGGAAACCAGCGACUGAGGGCCAGUAAGCGCAGUUACGGUAACCCUGCUUAUGAUGAUGAGGUCACUUCUCAUCCAAUGCAGUACUCGGCGUUAGCUUCUUUCGCAAUGGACAUAGAAUCUAUAACGGCCGAAUUCGUCGAGAUACCAUCGGUAUCCGUGAGACCUGAGGAGGUGCCUCCAGGUUGCGAGGACAAGAACAGGUACUCCAACGUGCUGCCGCUGCCGGAGACCAGAGUCCCGCUGUGCAGGAUUGGAAACGACCCCACCACAGAAUACAUCAACGCUAAUUAUAUUACGGGUCCAGGUAAUAUAAAGAACUACUACAUCGCGUGCCAGGCUCCCCUCGCCAACACCGUUGGAGACUUCUGGAGAAUGAUUUGGGAACAGAACUCAAGACUUGUAGUCAUGCUCACUGAAUAUAUGGAGAAUGGAGUGGAAAAGUGUUACGAGUAUCUUCCACCAUCAGAGGUGUCCGAUAACAAGAGGUCCUUCGGGGAUUUCAAGAUAAUCCUGAAGAAACGCGAGCAAAAAGACAAAUACGCCAUCUCCAGCGUUCAACUGAUCAACAUGUCGACCAGAACGUGGCGGGAAAUAAUCCACCUGUGGUACUUCUGGCCGGCGAAAGGAGUUCCAGACGACUACGAUUCAAUAUUAGACUUCCUGUCCGAAAUGAGGAAUUAUAUGAAGAUCUCGCAAACGGCGAAGGAAUAUGACGAGGAAGGCGUGGAAGUAAUCUACGAAGACCAGAACCGUUCAUCGUUCAGCAACCUAACCAAGUUGCGGAGCGAUGACAACGGCUCCGGAAACGGAGUGAACGUGUACUCACCGGCCAAGGCCGAGGAGAUGAUGAGGAGGCACACCAACGGAACCUUGGGCCGAAUGAAAGCGGCUUGCGAAGUCGAAGGCGUCCGUCCGUGCGUGGUGACGUGCGCGUCGGGAGCGGGUCGCUCGGCGGUGCUGGUCGCGCUGGACGUGUGCGCGCGCGCGCUGGCGGCGGGCCGCGCCGACGUGCCGCGCGCCGUGCGACACCUGCGCGCCCAGCGACCGCACUCGCUCUCCAACAGACACCACUAUAUCCUGCUCUAUAAGGUGCUUAGCGAAUAUGGGAACAAGUUGACGGGCGGCGGAAUCGACACUAUCUGAAGUAAACAGAAUUCAUAUAACUAAAGUAUAAUUAAAUGUAUACAAUUAGAAGUUUUUACGACACGAGGUGCUUUGAGUAUAUGACUCCGGUGCAGUUUUGGUUAAAGCUAUUCCGACAUUUUCAUCUUGUAUAUUGAUACAAUGAAAAUUAAUUUUACGAUUUAUUCUCGCAUUUUGUUAUUGUCUUUACUAUACUGUAUGAAUAGCAAAUACAUUUUAACGUUAAUUUUAGAUCUCGUAAAAGGAUAAUUAAUUAACUUAAGGGAUUUUUAUAAGAGGAUUGUGAUGAAAAAAAUGUUUUUAUUGCGCAGAUGGGUGAGUUAGUUUCGACUUAUCCUAUAAUAAUAAAAACUAUUGAAUAAGACCGAAGGCUAGAUUUUAAGUUUUUUUCAGAAGAUAUUGAUAAUUCGAAAUAUGUUUUUUUUAGUUGUUUCACUAAUGCUAGUGAACUGUUUGACAUUAGAAACGUCAGCAUUAAUAUUUUUCAAUAUUUUAUUCGGUAGUCAUAUUUUCGACAUUCCUCGAAUAUAAUCUAAUAAAAAAAUUAACUCAUUUGAAUGUGUGACUUUUAGGUAGGUUUUGAACCAACUUCAUUUAAAACAAAAGGUUCCCAGUUCAGGGUGUUAAACCUUUUCGUUUACCAAAGGAUUUCAUGAGAUUCCUAUCCAAGGCAAUUUGCGGUAGGCAGCGGCUUAGCUCUGCCCCUGGCAUUGCUGAAGUCCAUGGGCGACGGUAACCACUCACCAUCAGGUGGGCCGUAUGCUCGUCUGCAUACAAGGGCAAUAAAAAAAAAGGCAAUGUGGAAGUAAUCUAAAUUGGCACCAUAGUCUGAACACAGAGAUAGAUAGACACAUUAUAAGUAAAAAAAGAUUAUAGUUUUGUAAAUAUAAUUUACUUUAUUUAUUAAUUAUUAUUACCUUUGAACAAUUCUAUAAAUGUUAAUUGCUAUUUGUAUAAUGUUUAAUUUUAUUAAAAAAAAAACAUAAGAAAGGGCUCCUAUUUACAUUUUUAAUUUAAUUUUACGCAUAAAAUUACCUGUGAUUUCUUUCUAUUAAGGAUAAUCUAUUUUUAUUAAUUUUGUAAUAUGAAAUUAAGUUAAUUGAUGAAGUCAAUGUGUGGGCUUCGAAGCUUUGGUCUACAUUAGUCGCUAGCUUAAAGAACGUUGGAUAUAAAAUUGCAACAGCCAUGACUAUAAAAAUAGGUUUCAUAAACACCAUAAACCAUUUGGCACAGAAAUGUAAUUCUGAUGUUGCUUCUGGGCAAUUACAAUUUUAAAUGUUCAAUGUUCAUUAAUCUAAUGACCGUGUCAUGUACCUAGCAAAAGUACUAUAUUUAAAAUUAAUGAAUUAAACCCUAAAGAUAAUUAUUACGUUUGAAGACCAAUAUGAUUUUAUACGUAUUUUUAGAUAGCGUGUUAUAGUUUAUGAUAUUUGUAAUGUUUCGUAAAUGUAAAAAAAACACGUUUGACAUUUUGACGUUUUCAAUAUUUACAU